GAGCCGCAAACAGAACCGUUAGAUCUGUCAAUGUCAAGAAUAACUGAGGGACGGAUUGGACCAUCAGCUUUAUCAGCGCCUUAUGUGAGAGAGGAACAAAUAGAAUUCAACGAAAUUGAUCAGAAUGGCGCAAGCUCGUUGAACGCACCAAUUCAAGAAGUGAGAAGGGAACAAACAAGUAUAGGAAAUAUGCCGAAGAAAAAGUGGCUUAAGAGGUAUCAAAAUGAAACGUCCAACGAGAGAUAUCAAAAUGAAACGUCCAACAUCC